CCUCUCCCUCCUGCUCCUUCAUUCUGUCGCUCCAGUACACGGAGGCCAUGCUCUGGUUUUUCCGGGAGAGUUCAGCCAUUGGUUGAACAUGCGGAUCAUCAUAGAAGAGCUGGUGAAGAAAAACCACUCGGUCACCAUCCUAGUGCCCGAUGCAUCGCCUACUGUCAACUACAACAACAGCCGCGACGCCGCCAAGUUCAACUUCUUGGUUUUCAAGGUGCCGUACAGCAGGGAGGAAUAUCUGAGCCCCAUUCAGGAAUUCAUCCACUUCUCUAUGCACGACCCCUCAACGCUGCAAAAGGUCAUGAAGCUGAUCGAUGUCAUGGGGCAGGGCUUGGUGUUCGCGAGGCAGCAGUGUGACGGGAUUCUAAAGAACGAUCAGUUGAUGGCAACUCUGCGGGAUGCCGCUUUCGACGUGGUCCUACUUGACUCCUUGGUAAUGUGUGGCGACCUGGUGGCCGACGUGCUCGGCGUGCCGCUCGUCAUCUCGCUACGCUUGAGCUUAGGCAGUGUUUUUGAGCGUCACUGUGGCCACGCUCCAUCGCCACCAUCUUACGUCCCGUUACCUCCAGUGCUGUUCAACGACCACAUGACGUUCAUAGAGAGGCUAAUCAACUUGGUGACAUAUGUGGCGUCAUCAGCGCUAACCGAACUGGGCUGGAAGCUGACGAUGGAUAAAUACUACAGUGAGAUUAAAGGAACUCCCACCAGUGUGUGUGAAACUCUGGGGAAGGCUGACGUGUGGCUCAUCAGGACGUUCUGGGACAUCGAUACACCGCGGCCGACUCCGCCCAACUUCAAACACGUGGGUGGUCUGAACUGCAGACCAGCCAAUCAGCUGCCAGAGGACCUGGAGGCUUUUAUGCAGAGUUCAGGUGAUGCUGGUGUAGUAGUUGUUUCUUUUGGCUCCAUGGUACCCAACCUGACGAUGGAGCGCACCAACGUCAUCGCCACCGCCUUAGGACGAAUCCCUCAGAAGGUGAUUUGGCGUCACCGUGGCGAGGCUCCAACUGCACUUGCGCCAAACAUAAAGAUUUUUGAUUGGAUCCCUCAAAACGAUCUGCUGGGUCACCCGAAGACACGAGCAUUCGUGACUCAUGGUGGCACUAACGGUCUGUACGAAGCUGUGUUUCACGGCGUGCCUCUGGUCGGCUUGCCGGUGUUUGGCGAUCAGCCUUAUAAUCUUGACCGUAUGAGUCAACUCGGCACGGCCAUUGUCCUCGACUUCAACAAAGUGACAGCUGAGGAGCUGGCAGAAGCACUGCAUGCCAUCGUCAACCAGCCAAGCUACAAGACCAGCAUUCAACGUCUGUCGGCGGUGCACCGCGACCAGCCAGUGACGCCACUGAAUACUGCCGUCUUCUGGUUGGAGUUUGUUAUGCGACAUGGUGGAGCUAGGCAUUUGCGGUUGGCUUCACAUAAUCUGAACUGGUUCCAGUACCACAGCUUGGACACAGGCGCUGUCCUGCUCGUCACUCUGAUGACCGCCGCUGCUUUGUGUUGGGCGGUCAUACGCUGCUUCCUGCAGCAGUGCAGACGACGAGGAGGAAGAGAGAAGGAGGACUGAAGAAAGAUAUUUUUGAAGUGCAUACCUCCACCUUUAUAGGCUCUCUUCCACCUGCUGCCUCCUCUGACUACAGAUCAUGACGUCAUCCACAAACACAAUAUUCAACAGAGACUCCUGCCUGAUCUCAUCGGUCAGCCUGUCCAUUAUCACUGCAAACACAGAAGGGGCUCUGAACAGAUCCCUGAUGUGAUGGGUGUGACCCCACACCCACCUUGAACUCAUCUGUCACUCCUACAGCAUACCUCACCACUGUCUCAUUUUGGCAUUUUGAGUUAUUAGCAGCAUCAACUCAAAAUGCCAAAAUUCAAAGCAACCCACUUAUGACAAUAAACCAUUUAGAAAACUGUAUUUCCAAGUAGAAUUCUGGACAUGUUUAGUUAUGUCAGGUUGACUCUGGACCUUAACUCCAGCAGAAGUGGGUCAUGUUUGACAUAAGAGAUCCACAGAUACAAAACCAUCACCUACUGACCACCAUUCCUGGUUGAACCCUCAGACCUCUGUGCUUUGAAAGUAAGAGAGUCUGAAGGUACACAGAGACCAUCAAAAGGUUUUUUCUUUACCCAACAAGCAUCAAUAAGACAGAUAUCUAGGAGUAAACUGUUUGUAACUUGUCCUUUAAAAUGCACACGCAGAAAGUUGAUGACCGCCUUCAUGUGCUGAUUAAUGACAGAGUAAAUUAAGGCGGAUAAGGAAAACAUAUCCUGUAUAUGUUAAACACACUUUGUUGUCCAGAUCAAUACACAAACACCGAUACUGGAUGCAAUGAAAACCAGUUAAAAACAAACCUGGUAUCAUCCACCCCAGCGCUGUUUUUCAAAACACCCUUCACAGCAUGAAACCUGCAGUAAAUCCAGUCAGCACAACACAAGGCAGAUCAUCCCUGAAGCCACCAGAGCUCGAGCAGGGAGUUGAGGACUGGAGCAUGCAGCUGAAGUAGGAAGAGAAAUAAAAAUAGACAACAAAAUGAAUGACAUGAGUAUGAGAGGAUGCUGCACUGAACAAAGUUGUCACAUUUGAGUCAUAAUUGGUUGCUUCCACAUAAAUUUUGGUAAAGGGAGUAAAGGAAACAUGCCAUCUUAUGCCAAAAGGAAAAUAGUCGCAAACUGAAUGUUCGCCAAACUAUGGAGACAUCAUCCACUGAGCCCGAGGCCCUCUGUGAUCCGGGCACUUUAGUUCAUAUCAAUGAAAAUUGAUUUUAAAAAACUGUUUCAGGACAUCAAAGUUGUUUGAUCAGUGUAAUAAGUCUAAACUAUU